GGGCGGUGUAACGCGAGGGGCGGUGGCGCGGCUGUCUGAGGGAAUGCGGGCGGCCAAGAUGGCCGCUGCUGCCGCCGCUGCCGGGCGUCACUUGCUGAGGAGCUGCAGCCAGCUGCGGGUGCCAGUGCGAUGGAGAGGCCAGGCCACGGCCGCCGUGGUGACGGAGAGCACCAAGCCCCAGAUCCAGCCCCAGGAGCGGAAACCUAAAACCGGAAUCUUGAUGUUGAACAUGGGAGGCCCGGAGCGGCUGGAUGACGUCCACGAUUUCUUACUGCGUCUCUUCCUGGACAGAGACCUAAUGACCCUUCCGGCUCAAAAUCAAUUAGCACCGCUCAUUGCCAAGCGCCGCACCCCGAAAAUCCAGGAGCAGUACAGCAGGAUCGGCGGGGGCUCCCCCAUCAAGAAGUGGACAGCGGUGCAGGGAGAGGGCAUGGUGAAGCUGCUGGACAGCAUGUCUCCUCGCACUGCGCCUCACAAGUACUACAUCGGCUUCCGGUACGUGCAUCCCCUGACAGAGGAGGCCAUUGAACAGAUGGAGAAGGAUGGCAUUGAGAGGGCUGUUGCCUUCACCCAGUACCCCCAGUACAGCUGCUCCACCACAGGAAGCAGUUUAAAUGCCAUUUAUCGCUACUAUAACGAGAAAGGGGAGAAGCCAAAGAUGAAGUGGAGCAUAAUUGACCGAUGGCCCACACAUCUCCUUCUCAUUCAGUGCUUUGCUGAUCACAUCCAGAAGGAACUGAACCUGUUCCCACCAGACAAAAGGAAAGAUGUGGUCAUCCUCUUCUCGGCCCACUCGCUGCCCAUGUCUGUGGUGAAUCGCGGCGAUCCGUAUCCUCAAGAAGUGGGAGCUACUGUCCAGAGAGUCAUGGAGAAGCUCAACUACUCCAACCCUUACAGGCUUGUGUGGCAGUCCAAGGUUGGACCAAUGCCUUGGCUUGGUCCCCAGACAGAUGAGACCAUUAAAGGACUGUGCCAGCGAGGAAAGAAGAACAUGUUGUUGGUCCCAAUAGCAUUUACGAGCGACCACAUUGAAACACUGUAUGAGCUGGAUAUUGAGUAUGCCCAGGUUUUAGCCAACGAGUGUGGAGUAGAAAACAUCAGAAGAGCAGAGUCUCUCAAUGGAAAUCCACUCUUCUCCAAGGCCCUGGCAGACCUGGUGUGCUCCCACCUGCAGUCCAACGAGGUGUGCUCCCGCCAGCUGACCCUGUGCUGCCCGCUCUGCGUCAACCCCGUGUGCAGGGAGACCAAGGCGUUCUUCACCAGCCAGCCCCUGUGAGCCCGGGAGCCGCCUGCAUCCCACGGAGCCGCCUGCGGAGGGACACUGCCCCGGACCAGCCCUCCCGGCACACACCCACAGGCUCGUGCUCUCAGUGCUGUUAUCGCCCACAACAGCACAGAGAACUUGACUUUGGUUUAAUUUUUCUUAUGUUUUCUUUGUUUGAGAAGAGUUGUAGGAAGUAGGGCAAUGAGGGCGUUUACGCUGUCAGGCGUGAGGAGAUCUCGUGUCAUCCGACCCCGAUCAGACUUGGCGUGAGCCUGGCAGUGCGCACUGAAAAACGUACACAGCUUUUUUACAAUUAGCUUCUAUUUCUAUGCAGGGAUUUAUUUGUAUGCAGGGUGGUCAUGAGUGCAUUAACUUGCCAAGUCAAAGGUACAAUUAUUUUGGUUUUGCUUAAGGUGCAGUCUGACCAGCACAGUCUGUUGUCUGUUCUGAGAGGGACUUUGCAGCUGGCUUUGGAGACUUUGGAGAUCAAGUGGCUUCUAAUGCUUUUUAAUAAUGUGUGUAUACAUAUAUAUAUUUCUUUCUUCUUUUUUUUUUUUAGAACAUAAAGAUAAGGCUUUGUUUUGUUUUGGUUUUCUCCUGCCAGAAACUUCCAGUGAAAGCUUAGCUGGGAUAGUAGAACGCACAAAACUUGUUUACAUUUUCUAGAAAAAACAUUUUCAUUAUCUGCAGGAAAGCAUUUGAAGAGCAUAAAUUGAAAGGAAUUAGCCUGCUUAGGUGAUACUGGAGAAUUUGAUCCUUUGAAACUGUGUGUUUCAAGCCUAGCAGGAGCAUGUGUGGAAACAUGUUGGCUUAUCUUAAGCAGAAUGGCUUUUUAAAUUAUUAUUAUUUUUAUUAAAAAGGGCUUUCUCUGUUUGGUGAAGUAAAUUUAGGAAGUCAGGCUUGUUCUCCAGGAGGUUUAUAGAUCCACUCUGUGCUUUCUACUGUGCCACAGUACUGUGUUUUUGUGGGAUACCUCUGGAGUGCCAUAGUUAGGAUUGAUAUGGCUUAAUUGCUGUUAUUUAAAUGGAGAUGAUCAGCCAGGAGUAAUUUACAGUUUUACAUUGCAGAUGCCUGAGAACAGGCCGCCCCGUGCUGGGGCUCUCCUGAAAGGCUGCCAGCCCACAGCAGAGCUGAGCUGGGCAGGGCCCUGGCACUGAGUGUCCCCCCGGGAGGCACAGGGGCCCCUCCUGCCACCGGGGCGGGAGCAGAGCUGUGACCGUGUCCCGUGGCACUGAGCCGUCCGUGUGGUGGCCCAGCUGGCACCUCCUCGGGGGCACACGUUUACUUGAUGUCUUUAGCACUGAAACGCCAGGACCUGGGCACUGCAGGCUGGUUCUUGGGAAUUGCUGGUGUCUGGGAAGCAGAUGCCACGCUUCUCAGCCAGGUUGAUCUGCUCAGGUAACCAUGAGGCAUGAGUAGUUUGGACCUCUGAUCUUUUGAAAACAGGGUGUUUAAAGAGAGAAAAGGCCUCUUGUGGUAUAUCAGGGGUUUGUCUUGUUCUGUUUUGUUGGAAGAAGUAAAGGUGGGGUACCAAAGGAAUGGAUGGAUGCUGUGUUGAGCACCUGUGGAGUGGUGUAAAUCCCUAAUACCUCUGGAGAGUUGCUUGCUCCACUGCCAUACCUGCUUCCCAGGGUGAGACAGACUGAGAUUCCUUCAGUGCAGCACCCUGUUCCUCGCAGAAAGAAGUCUUCCUUGACCCUUCAUGCCUGUGCCUGUUUCAGUGGCAGGGAGCCAGAAGCUUCUCUUCUCCCUCUUCUCCCUCCCCUUGGUCUCUGCUCGCUGCCUUGGCAGCAGAAAGGAGCACAGUAUGUCUGGGAACACUGGCCUUACGUCUCUUGUUGGACAAAGAACUCUGUUCCACUUCUCUGCGUGACACUUCGGGGUCAGUGGAAAACAAUCUGGUCUGUCAAAUCUUCCAACUCACUCCUGUAUCCUCACAGCUGACCUUCAGGUGAUCCAGGCUGUGACCACCACAUUGACAAAGUGUGGAAAGCAGAGGUUAAUUUCCUAUGAACUUUGUGGUAUUAUAAAUACAGAUGGCUUUUCAUUUUCGUACUGGAGAGAGUCCUAAAAAUCCUAGCUGGCACUGAUUCUAAGGCAUUACAUUUGUCCCCAGUAAUAAAAGGUACUUAAAAUUCACUUUUGAGUGUUCUAACCACAAGUGGGAUAAUUACUCUGUUGCUGCUAUUAGACCAUAAUGUAGAAAUCACUUAAUUUUCCAGCUUUUAGCAGAUGGGGCCUGUCUCACGGAGCUGGUGGUACUGGUUGCUGUCAAAGGGUAUUUUCAUAGAGGUUUCUGACGAGUUCCUCAUCUCUCAAGCCAAUGCCCAGCGGGUUGGGUGAGUGUCUGCCCCAAGGAGAGAUGAAUUCCAUGGUGCAUGUGCCUUCCUGAGCCCUCCUCAGUGCCAUGUCCUGCUGAGUUUGCAGCUCCUCUGCCCCGUAGCUGUUCCCAGUGCCCCUCUGGUGGGCUGGGAACCUCUGGUGCUACUGGCUCUGGGCCUGGUGUGCCUGGAUCUGGGAGGCUCUGGUCCCUGGACAGCAAUCCAGCUGGGUUGUUCUUAUCAGUGACACUCCUCUUGCAGCACUUCAGUCACAAGUGUUGCUCAUGCACAUAUCCCUGACAAGAACAGGCAGUGGGAAGCCAGCCUGUGGGAUGUGAGGCAGCGCUGCAUCCCAAGGUUUCCUUGGUGAGAGCCGAGUCCUCAGGCUGGGCUGGAGCUGUGGGGGGCUUUGGGGAUGGCAGGGGGUCACUGUCCUCCUGCCCCAGCUGGGGUGGCACCUAAGUGCAGGAGUGAGCUGGGCAGGGGAUCUGCCCACCAGAGCUGCCAGCACUGUGGAGCUCUGGCCUCAGGAUAUCGACUGGAAAUUGAGGAGUUAGGAACAGCCUGUGGUGUCCUGAGGGAAGAAAUGGGAAGUAGUGGGGUGAGGUUGUUUUCCUGCUUUUACACUCUGCAGUUUGGCUUAUUUUUUCAUUAUUGAGUGAAUUUUUCUCUUUUGAAUUUCUUUCUAACCUGUCCCUUGGUCCUAGCUGCAUUUCAGAGAAGGUGGAAGCUUCCAAAAGGUGCUGUGACACCAAAAGGUGUAUGGAUGGUGUCGGAGCUGGCCUUCUGCCAUCCCCUGGAGAGGAGGAUGGCAUAGCUGAGUUCAGUGGGGCUAGGGUUUCCCUAGGAAUACCUAAAAGUUCAGUGAAUUCUCCCUUUCCACCAUGCACAGAGAGCUGGGGAUCACCAUGAAGUGUAAGCUGCAAGAGAGAGCAGCUCCUUUGAUUUUGUUAAUGCCAGAUGUGUACAGAUCCUUGCUUUUAGCCCAACGUAUGCAUUUCAGAUUGACCAAGGACUUCCAUUUGAUGUAACACAGCGAAUUUGGAUAAUCCUACUGUGUGUCAUUUGCCAUAAGGAUGGAAUUCCAAUUAAAGGUUUUUUUAAGAAAUAA